AUGACUUCGUUACUGAGAUUGAUUCCAUUGACGCCUUCACUGCUUGCAAACGUUAGCGCAGGGAUCAGCUGGUUGAUACUUCUAGUGCUAUUUGUCAUUUGUUAUUCGACCGGAUGGAUAAUUUACAACCUUUACUUCCACCCUCUAGCAUCGUUCCCAGGCCCCAAGUCCAAUGCGGCCACAUCACUCCCUUUCUUCCGAUCUCUGUUAGGUGGCAGCCUACCAAUGGACGCACAAAAGUUACAUGAAAAAUACGGAGAUACAGUCCGCAUCGCUCCAAACGAAGUGAUCUUCACAAACCCGGAAGCCUGGAAAGAAAUAUUUGCUAUUCGCCCCGGCAAGCCCCAGCGCCCAAAGGACCAACAUUAUUUAUCUAUCGGGCCAAACCAAACCCCAAGCAUCCUUCGGGCUGAUGAUCAAACUCACGCCCGCCACCGACGUUCUCUGUCUCAUGGGUUCUCGGAAGGCAGUCUUCAGCGCCAGGAAGUUAUCGUCAAGGGCUAUGUUGACUUAUUGAUUCAACGGCUGCAUGGACUCGCCGAGCCUGGCAGUGCCACUGUGGACAUGGCAUGCUGGUAUAACUAUACUACAUUCGAUAUCAUCGGUGAUCUCGCAUUUGGGGAGUCAUUUGGAUGCCUUCAAAAUUCGCAGUACCAUUUUUGGGUUUCGGUCAUCUUCAGUCAUUUCCGCACGGCCACCUGGGCAAACUUUUUGCGACGUGUCCCUGCUGGGGAUUUCCUCAUGAAAUGGAUUAUUCCCAAAGAAGUCAGAGAGCAAAAGAAACAACAUAAUGAGAUGACAAAGGAGAAAGUACAGGCGCGCAUAGAGAAAGGGGAUGACGGGCGCCCGGACUUCCUCAGCAACGUGCUAAAGCAACCUCUCGAGAAGGGGAUGACUGAAGAUGAGCUUGUUAGCAACUCUUAUGUGCUUAUUAUUGCAGGGUCAGAGACAACCGCUACUUUGUUAUCCGGUGUGACCUAUUAUAUCCUCACUGUUCCAGGUGUUCUCGACAAACUCAAAGCAGAGAUCCGGGGUGCAUUCACUUCCGAGGAUCAAAUCACUUGGUCUACUGUUAACCAGCUAAAAUACAUCCUAGCGGUUUUGAACGAAGGUCUGCGCAUGUACCCUCCUAUCCCGUAUGGGCUCCCACGAAUGGUCGAGGGCAAAGGGGAUUUCAUCUGCGGGAGAUGGGUUCCCGGGGGAACCUCUGUCGGAGUAGCGAUACUGGCCGCUCACCGUUCCGCAGCAAACUUCAAGAGCCCCGACGCCUUCAUCCCAGAAAGGUUCAUGGGUGAUUCUGAGUUUGAGUCCGAUAACAGAAAUGCAGUGCAACCGUUCAGCAUUGGGCCACGCAACUGUCUUGGUCGCAAUCUUGCAUAUGCGGAGAUGCGAUUGAUCCUGGCCCGGAUGAUAUGGAACUUCGAUAUGGAACUUGCUCCCGAUUCCAAGGAAUGGAUCAAACAACGCUCGUUUUCGGUCUGGGAGAAAGGUAGCUUAAAUGUGAAGUUGACUCCGGCACUACAGACUAUUGGGGCGAAAUAG